AUGUCGCUAGAUUGUUUUGAAUUAAGUAAAACUAAAUUAUUUGAAAAAAUAUGCAAUGGCCUGUCCAUUGUGCAGAAAACACAAAAUCUGUUGGACUGCAGCGACGAUUUGCUAUUUGCAUGGGAUGCGAACGAGUGCUGCUUGCUUGUAAUGAAUUGGCGGUCACCGCUGACAGUGGCGGAGCAGGAUGCCAAAGUGAAUUAUCAGACGCUCGUACCUUCGAUCCCGAUAAUUCUGGACGUAGAUCGUGUUACAGUAUCAAAUGAGUGCUCCUUGGUGGCGCUUAGUGGACCAUGUGGUGUUUGCAUUUUGGAGCUACCCCGCCGCUGGGGUCUAGAUGGCUACUUCAUGGAUGGAAAGAAACAAAUCACAUGUCGCACAUACUGUCUGGAUUCUCUUUUGUUCCAGAACAACAACCAUCUGGAGGUGCGACAAGUGCGCUGGCAUCCAAACUCAGUAUCGGACUCGACUCUCCUGGUGCUGCUGAACAACAACACUAUCCGAAUGUACAAUCACUCGAAGCUGCGACACGUGUGGCAAGUUGGUCCUCUUACCAUGAAAAAUGGAGCCAAUACUUCGCUUACGGACUUCGGGGAAGUGGCCGUUGACUUUGAUAUUGCUCCAGCUAAAAAGUCGCGAUGUGCGGCCAACGAGACGACUCUUAACCAACGGAACAAAACGCUGGGAGGGAAACCCGCAAAGCAGGAAAAGAUUGAAUGGCCUAUUGUUGUGCUGCGAGAGAAUGGAAACAUCUACAUUGUGCUUACUAGCCUGGACUCGGAUAUUACCCGUCUCCAGGGACCCAUAACCAUAACACCUCAGAAAAUGGAUAACUACGGGCUAGAGUCUUGCUCGAUCAUGAUCAUUCCUUCGCUGCCUCCCACUAUAGUCAUUGCCGAGUCGAAUGGAAAGCUCCACCAUGCACUCCUAAUGGAUGCCGAGGCCGCCGAGCAUUCCUUCAACGAAGUAGAUGACUUUAUUCUCAUAGAGCCCGCUGAGUUUGUCAUACAUGUCCUUGAAACGGUCGAGCUCGAGUUGGGUCUUUCUGGCGCAUCAAAUACUGGACCAAAGGACACGUACAGCUGUCCCAUAUACUUGAAAAAAGAUAUUAUCAACGAGCUGCGCUACUUUGCCUAUCACAAUGCUGGUUUACACGUAGUCACUGUCAACUUCAUCUCUGAACUGCAGCGCUAUCUGGACAGUGAGUCGGAGGAGGAUAGACUGGAAUUGGCGGCAUCAUCCAAGGCCGAGUACAUCCUGUGCACAAAAAUUGACUCCGCCGAGCAAAUCAAUGCUGUCUGCGGCAUUGCCCAACUACAACUGCCAGCUGGUGUGGUGCUUCUGUUAGGCAACCGUGCAGUGAUCAGCCUAAAGCUGGUCAUCGAUGCCCAGCUGUUGGUUGCCCCCAGUGACAAGAAGCAUCGAGCCUGCGAUGUGGAUCAGCAAGAGUCUGGACCUUCAUUCCUUGACAAAAUUAAAACUUUAUUGCAGCGCAAUGUCAACCAACCUAUUCUCGCCAACAAGAUGUCCUCGGCGUCCCCUCACGAGGGAUACGAACUACUAAACCAGGCCAUUGAAGUGUUGCGCGAACAGUACCUCAAGCGCCACGUCCUCGUCCGUGCCGAGUUUGCGAAGCAUAUCAAUCAAAUCAUACUGAAAAAGGAGCAACAACUGCGCGAAAUCCAGGACCUGGAGCAUGAGCGUGAGAUAAUAAGCGAGGGGGCCCACAAGCUGGCCGAGCGUUUUGAGGAAAUCAGCGACAACCAGGAAUUGCUGGUGCGCAAGUGCCACAGUCUGAUGCAAAAAGCCAACAACGCUCUGCCCAACAGUGUCGUGGCCGAGCGCGAGUUUUCCCAAGAGGUAGAACGAAUUCACAAAACCACAAAGAGUAUGGCUGCCGAACUGGAUAAAGCUAAGAAGACGUUGAACAAACAGCGCUAUCACAUCGCCAACAGCCAGGAAGAACUGAAGAAAGAUGUCUACAAGUUGCCAGAGAAACAGCACCGCACCAUAACUGAAAUCCUGACCCAACUGGCUGGAGAGAUUGAACGGCAAAUAACCGAUGCAAAGCGUAUAAACAAGAUUGUUGGCGUAUAAGUUAGUUCAGCUCAUUUUUGAUAACACAUUUAUGUGAUUUUGUAGAGGAACUGAAACGUAUUAAUUAAUAAAUAACAUACUGUUCGAAUAA